AUGAGUGUAACUACAUCCACCACCCUCGACAGCCAGGUGACCAGUGCAUGGGGCCCUGCUAACCCCUAUCCUGAUGGUUCAUUGGUGAUGGCUGGUUACACGAGCCGUCUGUGGCCUCAUGAGUCCCAGCCUCAGUUCUGGAGUAAGUACCAAGUGUGGGAAUGGUUGCAGCAAGUUAUGGACAUGCACCAAAUUGAUGCCUCCAGCAUCCCAUUCCAAAACUUUGACAUCGAUGGCCAUCAGCUUUGCAGCCUAAGCUACCAGGACUUCAUCCGUGCAGCUGGCAGCGUGGGACCCAUUCUCUUCCACAGCAUCACAGAGCUCAAGUGGAGCGGCCAGUAUCACGUGGAUAUAGGGCAAAUGGAAAGCAAACCUGAAUUAGACUUCUCUUGUCCAUUUCCAGAUGUCAGCUAUCCACCUGGAGAAAUCUAUGACCCCUCGGUUCAUCCCCUUGCACCUGUUGCCUCUCCCAGGGCUCCUAGUCCAGAUAUCAAACGAUCUUUCACCCGUCCACAUCCAGUCAAAAAACACAACCCAAGGGGGACCCAUUUGUGGGAGUUUAUCAGGGACAUUCUACUGAAUCCAGAGCGAAACCCAGGACUGAUCAAGUGGGAGGAUCGGACAGAGGGUAUUUUUCGUUUCCUAAAGUCAGAGGCAGUGGCACAAUUAUGGGGCAAGAAGAAAAAUAACAGCAGCAUGACUUACGAGAAACUAAGCCGUGCAAUGAGAUAUUACUACAAAAGAGAAAUCCUAGAACGAGUAGAUGGCCGCAGGCUGGUUUACAAGUUUGGAAGAAAUGCAAGAGGAUGGAGAGAGUCGGACAAGUGA